UCUUUUAAUUCUAAAGAAAAAUGUGUGUAACUAAACUCUACGGGUGGCGUGACAAACAUAAUAAUACACUUAACAGGUACAUAUCAUUAUCUUUUUGUUGUUGUUGUGACCACGUGUGAAAUGAAUCUUCAGUCAUUAGACCAAACUAUUCAGGACCUAAUUAAUGCCGCAGUGAAGGCCAAAGACAAUGCAUACUGUCCCUACAGUGAUUUCCAUGUAGGUUCUGCUGUUUUAACAGAAGAUGGACAUAUUUUUUCAGGUGCGAAUGUAGAAAACGCAUCAUAUGGUUUGAGUAUUUGUGCUGAAAGAGUUGCCAUUUGCAAAGCAGUUUCCGAGGGAAAACAAAAUAUAAAAGCAAUAGCAGUAAUAUGUGAUGUGAAGAAUGAUUUUAAAGGAUCGUGUGGAGCCUGUCGACAGUUCUUUGUAGAGUUCAACAUGAAGAUGGAUAUAUACUUGGUAAAACCUGAUCUAACAGUGAAGAAAGUAACAGCAGAAGAACUGCUUCCUAUGUCAUUCAAUCCAAAAGCUCUUCAAGCAGAAAGAAUUUCUUAACACGUUUAAUAGUUACCAGAAAGAAUGUAAAUAAGAUGAUGAAUAAAUUUAAAUAAUUUGC